AUGCCCUCGCACCGCAUCGGCGCCCGCCUGUCUGGCCUCUCGCCAGAGCAGCUCGUCGCCUUCAUCGACGAGCAGGCGCCCCUCUGGAGCGCCGCCGCGAUGCGCGUGGCGGAGGAGCACGCCGCACGGCUCGUGGAGCAGCCCGAGUGGGUGCUCUCCGAGGUCCUCCUCUCGCCGGACCUCGCCCCGCACAUCCUCGCCCAGCUGCCGACCAAGGAUCACGCCGUCAAGGGGACGACCACGGUGAAGCUGAGCUGGAACGAGUCGACAAGUCUCGUCUCACACUCCAUCACCUCCGCCGGGACGCCGUCGGCGCACUCCCUGGGUGCCAGGGAGUGCGCCGAACGCGCGAGCGGCGCGAACCCGCCACUGAAGACACAUCUGUAA